AUGGCUGAUCGUUACUCUUUCUCUUUGACCACUUUCUCCCCCAGUGGAAAGCUGGUCCAAAUCGAAUAUGCUCUGAAUGCCGUCAACCAGGGUGUAACGGCCCUUGGUAUCAAAGCUACCAACGGAAUCGUCCUCGCCACUGAGAAGAAGUCCUCGUCGCCUCUGAUCGACCCCCCCUCUCUCUCCAAGAUUUCCCUGAUCACGCCCGACAUCGGCAUGGUCUACGCCGGCAUGGGCCCAGACUACCGGGUGCUGGUCGACAAGGCCCGCAAGGUCUCGCACACGGGCUACAAGCGCAUCUACAACGAAUACCCUCCCACCCGUAUAUUAGUGCAGGACGUCGCUCGGGUCGUACAAGAGGCGACGCAGUCCGGGGGUGUCCGACCGUACGGUGUCAGCCUGCUGAUUGCGGGCUGGGACGAGGGCAUCGAGCCCGAGACCGGCGAUGCCCAGCGCGGCGACGAGGAGAAGGAGGGCGAGCCCAAGAGGGCGACCGGCAAGACGGGCGGCAUCCUGAAGGGCGGCCCCAGCCUGUACCAGGUCGACCCCAGCGGCAGCUACUACCCGUGGAAGGCCACGGCCAUCGGCAAGCACGCCACCAGCGCCAAGACCUUCCUCGAGAAGCGCUACACCGAGGGCCUGGAGCUCGAGGAUGCCAUUCACAUUGCCCUCCUGACUCUGAAGGAGACCAUUGAGGGCGAGAUGAAUGGGGACACGAUAGAGAUUGGUAUUGUUGGACCUCCUGCCGAUCACUUGCUGGGCUUUGAGGGCGUCGAGGGCGCGCGGGGACCCCGUUUCAGGAAGUUGACCAAAGAGGAGAUCGAGGACUAUCUGACCAACCUAUAA